AAAAUACGAUUUGGUGGUGUUGAAGGGUUCCGUGUGUUAUGUUCAAUUCAGAAUUUUUAAAUUGUCAAUAUUUUUGAUUGGCUAGUGAAUAGUGCAAGUACCAAAGUCUCCGUAACGGAGCACGACAAAAAUAAUUAGAACGUCAUCGACGUAAAAGGAUAUUUUUGUCGUCUUGUGAAGUGGUGACUUUUUUUUUUUUUUACAUAGAGCGUAAACGCAUUGAAACAAUUAACGUUUCUGCUGGCUUUUUAAAUAAAAAAACUUGUAAUUGUCAGUAGACCAUGGAAUCCAUAUUUCACGAAAAGCAAGAGGGUUACCUUUGCGCACAACAUUGUCUUAAUGCUUUACUGCAAGGACAAUACUUUACAGCAGUCGAAUUAGCAGAUCUUGCUGAUCAGUUAGAUGCUGAAGAGCGACUUGCAAUGGCAGAGAGUGGAGAGGAUACAGACGAUUACAAAAGAUUUAUAGAGCAACCAUCGGGCAACAUGGACGAUAGUGGUUAUUUUUCUGUACAAGUAAUUAGCAGUGCUUUGAAAGUUUUAUUCCUUGAAUUAGUUCCUUAUACUAGUACAGAACCAACAGCUUUAAUGGCGCAGAACAAUCCAUCACAAAUGAAGGCAUAUAUAUGUAAUUAUAAAGGCCAUUGGUUUACGAUACGAAAACUUGGAAAUCAGUGGUUUAACUUAAAUUCAAUGCUUAGUGGGCCGCAACUUAUAUCUGACACGUACCUCGCUAUGUACUUAGCGCAACUUAUUCAAGAAGGUUAUUCAAUAUUCAUUGUAAUUGGAACAUUUCCUACGUGUAAAGCAGAAGAGGUUCUUUUAGAGAAUCCUAUUGUAACUAAUGCCAAAUCAACAAAUGAACAUUCAUCAAAAUUUCCUUCGACGGGAUAUAGAUUAAGUCGAAAAUCAGAAGAUGAUGCAAAUAUUUUACAAUCCCUCCAAUACGUUAUGGUUUCUCCUUACCUUGACAAUCAGUUAGACGUAGAAAUCAUAUCGGAAUCACAGAGGCAAUCAAGGCAAAGAAUUAUUCCAAUCAGAGUGGAAGGUCGUGAUCAAGUUCAUACCAUUGUCGAUGAUGAAGAAAACGAUGACUUUCAAAAAGCUCUUAGUUUGAGUUUAGAGGAUUAUGAGAAAGAAGAACAAGAGAAGGUAUUGAAGUUGAAAUUAGAUAAUCACUCAACUUCGACAAACAGCUCUGAACCAAUGAAUAGUGUAGACAAUGAAGAAGACGAUGAUUUGAGAAGAGCUCUUCAACUUAGUUUAGAAUGCGUUUCAUCGCCACAGACUCCAGAUUCAGAGGAUGUGCGUUGGCAUCGUUUAGCUUAUCUUAGAAUGCAUUCUAGAGGUCCACAAACUGAAAAUUCAACAAAACUAAAUACCUAACAAAUUGUCUUUGUGAUUUUUAUUAUUAAAUAAAUAUCUUGUUACUCAUUUUUUAAGCAUAUUCUCUAUUGCACCAUAACUGUGACUAACCAUCAAGUUAACAGUUAUCAAAGAAUAAAAAUUUGUUUAGUAACGGUAACAUGUCCAAUUACUAUAAAUGUAAAAUUUUACGUAAUAAGUAGAAGUUUAUUUCGUAAUUAGUUUACUAAUGAAAUAUAAUUC